UACACAGAUAUCCAGCUAACUGAACUUUAUGACGCAAUCUGUAAAAUGGUUGGGCUACUUUUUGACCUGCACUCCCAUCGUAUUAUUCACUCUGGUAACAGGGCCAGUUAGCGCUACAGAUUUCAAUUUGAAUUUGGACAUCAAUGGAGAUGGUUUUGAAAAUGAGUAUCUCGAACAUGGGCACGAUUUCAAGCCCCUAUACAGCGAGUAUGUGUCGAACUACAACGGUAGUGAUCCUAUCAGUUACAGCACCAUGGGUCUUGGACCAGCAUACGAAUUGGUACGCAUUGUAUUUGAUAAUCUCUUUAACGAUAGCCCAAUCGGUAAAGGCUAUUUAUCGGUUGUGAACGGCAGCAACAUAGUCCUAGGCAAGAAGACUGUAAAGAAUGAAUGGUUGGAUUUGCUAGACGAAAAUAAAUUGUUUAUAAUCGUGCUCCUCCCACUACUCGCACUUAUAAUUAUCAAUCCGUUCAUUGCGCUCUGUUAUUGUUGCUUCUGCUGCUGUCGUUGUCGAGGCCGUUGUCAUCCGUGUGCCGAGAAAACAGAUUCUAGACGUCGGCUAUUCUGCAGUAUUUUGCUGAUAUUCCUAACCCUUGGAUUAUUGAUUGGCUUACUCAUUGCAUUUCUGGCCAAUAAGCAGAUUAAUCGAGGAAUGUCCGAUAUAACCACCAGGCUGGAGCGCUCUGGCGAGGAAUCUUGCGCCUAUCUGCAGGAUGUUUCGAGACACAUCAACCAUUUGCUUGUCAUCAACUAUGAUGAGAUGAAGGAUCAUGUACUUGAACAAGCUUCUGAGGCACAUAAAUAUUUAUUGUUGGAUCUUGCUGAUGUUUCUGGUAGCAGUAAGUUAGCCGAAUUGGAAAGAAUCUUGUACAACAUGAAGCAGGCUAGUAUAAAAAUGAAACUAGUGGAAAAGCUGCAGGAAAGAUUGCGAUUCAUUGGCGCCACGCUGCGCGAUGGCAUCCGUGGCUACAAGCGAAAUAUGAUUCGAUAUUAUACAGUCUUAUGUGGUAUGGAAGAUUGUGUAGCAGCUCUCAAAAAAUCUGGCCUUCUGUCGUGGGAUACUUCAAAGUGCUUGCACUUAGAUUUGUUACCCAACUCCACAGUCUUUUCGGAAACUAUGGAAAAGGCAUUUGAAGAAAAUUUGUACAACAUACCCCAAAUGGGCAUACAGCAAUUCUCGGCAAUUGGCGAACAACUUAGGCAGAUAAUGGCUCCGAUGAUACCACCGCUGAGGGAUAAGCUCAUGAAAGGCACUUUUCGGAUCAAGAUUGAAGAGGAACACAUACGCAAACAUAUCAAUAAGGCGAUUAAUGAAAUUUAUAUGAGAUCACGCAAUGCUUCAAAAUCAUUUGAUGAAAUUCAUAAUAUGUUCGGCUCCAAUUGGCAGCUUAUCAAUAUUAUUGUCUGCUUACUUCUACUAGCGAUAAUUAUCUUAUUGAUUACGGCGAUAGUGUGGGGUAUGUGUGUGCGUAAGAACAAUGUUGGGUACAAUGCUCUGUUAGCGGCCAUCUUAUUAAUAUUUUGCGCAUUCUCGUUUAUAACGCUCGUUGGAGUGUUCUACUUGAUGGUUGGCUUGGUCACGUAUCUGGGUGCCUGUCAAUCGGAUAGCGCCUGGACGAGAAUCAAUAUGCGUGACUGCCUUGAAAAUGAAACCAUUUUUGAAAUGCUCAAAAGAAAUAACAUAUAUAAUGUGGAUGAUGUGAAGGGCAUCCAUAUUUUGAAAGAAUACGACGACGACGAUGAAUUGAGUUGGCGCGGUUUUAAAGAUGAUCUGUCCAAAAUUUCGUUUAUAAAUAACGAAGAUGUGACUAGACUUAAUCAAGUACUGGAGCCAUUAUUUCCGUAUCACAGUAACCUAUAUACGAAUAUUAUGUGCAAGCAAGUUGCUGUACCCGAUUUACAAAACACAGCGAAUAGUCAGUAUAUAACCGGCCUCAAUAUUAUGUAUGGCAAGUACAAUGGCAAGCCAAAAAGAAUGUGGGGGGGAGUGUCUGGCUUAAUAUUUUCGAAACAAGACCUCUUGGCAUAUGCACCUAUUGAAAGAGAAUUUAUCACAUUGGUUGAUCGAAUUCAAGACAAAUUACGCGAAAUCGAUUCACUAAUAUUGGAUAACAGCCACAACUUCAAUGAAACCAUUCACCCAAUGAUUACAACCAUUCAAACUUCACAGCAGUACAUAAGAGAAAAUGGCGUGGAGUUUCUAGAUACGGCUGGUAAAAAUGUAACCGAUUCGCUUAUCGGUCAGAUGGACCUCUAUUUAAACAUGGUGGUUACUGAGAGCAAACUGAGAGUUGGUCGCUGCAAUCCUUUGGCCGAUAAGUAUCGAGGCGGUGGUGAUUUCCUCUGUCGACAUCUGAUCGAUCCCAUUAACGCCUUCUGGCUGGGUGUCCUGCUUAGCGCCUUGCUGCUUAUUCCGGUUCUGUUUGUCGCUCACCGACUCCUGUGCAUGUAUAAAGUCUAUACGCCUCCAGUUCUACAUUUGGUGAGCGAUGAUGCCUGUCCGGUCUGCACAGGCCUUCCAUAUGUACAUAGGCCAUUUACUUUAAGCGGUGGUCAAGAAGCUCCCAAACUCGAUGUUAAACCAGUGGUCAGUCCCAAGAAUAAGAAGGAAUAACAUUUAUUUUAUCAUAUAUCAAUAUAUAUAGCCGGUUAACGGUCAAAUCUAAGUCAGAUAUUACUUUGUAGGCAAAUUAAAUGACAACAAACA